CAGUGCUGCUGCCGAUCACCGCCAUGUUCUUGAGUCACCGCCAUGCUCUCCAUGUUAUCGUACCUGCAGUGCUGCUGCCGAUCACCGCCAUGUUCUUGAGUCCCCGCCAUGCUCUCCAUGUUAUCGUCGAACCGACAUCCGCACACGUCGACGCCGACUGCUCUGCAAGAUGGCAACUUGCAGAGGUUUUGCGACCGAAUUCAACAACGCUGCGAAAAAAGCCAGUACAGCGAGACUGCCGCGAAAGCCGACCGCACACGAGGUUGCCGCCAGUGAUCCUAACCGCGUUGCACUGAAUUCGGCACCACCAAAAAAUCGACAAGAGAGGCCGAUCCGAGCGUUUUGCUUUUUUUGAAUUUCGCGCGAAAUUGACAGUGCGAAAACAGCCGCGAAAACGGCCAAGGCCGCGAGGCAGCCGACCAGCUGCCACCAGAAAGCCGAUAUAGCGAGAGAGAAAAGCCGGUCACCUGCCACCAGAAAGCCAAUCACCUGCCAUGAGAAAGCCGAUCACCUGCCAUAAGAUCACCCGCCAAAAGCCAGUCCACGAGACUGCCCCGAAAGCCGGCCGCUACCGCCUCGAGAAAGCCGAUCGCGAGAUCGCCCCGAAAACCGACGUACGAGGUUGAUCACCACACGAGGCACCACCAAAAUUCGGCGAGAUCAUGGCUUGGCAGGCGGCAGGUGGCAGGUGACAGGUGGUGGUCAUAGUGAUGGUUGUCAUGGUAGUCGUUGAUGGUUGAUGUUGACAAGCUGCACACACACAAAC